CGGGACCUUCGCCUGCCUCGCCGGAAGGUUUGGGGAGCCGCACCGCGGAGGCGGGAGCCCGCAGGGGCGGGAGGGGGGCUUCGGGUGCAGCUGCCAGGGGGUCCCGACCCAGGCGCGAGCCCGGCCACCGGCCGGUUCGGGGGCCCUCCAAGAGCUCCGAGCCUCUCCGACGCCAUUGCGCCCAAGAGCGAGGAGGACCUGCUGGCCCUGGCGGCGUCGCGUCUGAGCCGCCGCAAGCGGGUGGCGGGCGCGGCCGUCGGGGUGGCCAUGGUGCUGCUGCUGCUGGUGGCCAUCCCGCUGCUGGUGCACAGCUCCCGCGGGCCAGCGCACUACGAGAUGCUGGGUCGCUGUCGCAUGGUGUGCGACCCGCACGGGGCUCGGGGCCCGGGACCCGACGGCGCGCCGGUCUCCGCGCCCCCCUUCCCGCCGGGCUCCAAGGGAGAGGUGGGCCGGCGGGGGAGGGCGGGUCUUCGAGGGCCCCCGGGGCCACCAGGGCCCAGAGGGCCUCCGGGAGAGCCGGGCAGGCCAGGCCCCCCAGGCCCCCCUGGCCCAGGCCCCGGCGGGGUGGCGCUCCCUGCCGGCUACGUGCCUCGCAUCGCCUUCUACGCGGGCCUGCGGCGGCCCCACGAGGGCUACGAGGUGCUGCGCUUCGACGACGUGGUGACCAACGUGGGCAAUGCUUACGAGGCGGCCAGCGGCAAGUUCACCUGCCCCAUGCCCGGCGUCUACUUCUUCGCGUACCAUGUGCUCAUGCGCGGCGGCGACGGCACCAGCAUGUGGGCAGACCUGAUGAAAAACGGGCAGGUCCGGGCCAGCGCCAUUGCCCAGGACGCAGACCAGAACUACGACUACGCCAGCAACAGCGUCAUCCUGCACCUGGACGUGGGCGACGAAGUCUUCAUCAAGCUGGACGGCGGGAAGGUGCACGGCGGGAACACCAACAAGUACAGCACUUUCUCUGGCUUCAUCAUCUACCCGGACUGAGCCGGCCCCCUCCUCUACCCCCUCGCUCGCCCUUUUCUCCUCUUCCCUCCUCGCCCACCUUCAGUUGGCCCCACCCACAGUGCCACCCAUCCUUUGAGAGCCUGGCUGUGGGGUGGACCUGCCUGCUCCCGGAGGAGGCCUUGCUGGGCAGUCUCUCUCGGUGCUUCCAGGACUUAGUGGCUGGGGAGCGGACCACCGCAUCCUGCGGAAGCGGGUCUGAGGAGGGAGGGCGGAGGCUGUGGCCCUCUCUCCCGCUGGGAGCUGGGGAACAGCCUCAUAGCCAGACCUGGCAUUGUAGGAGGGGGAACAGAGAUAGAAGUUCAUCGAGGUGGGAGAUGUUGGGACUGGGUAGGCACUGGUCCUCUGUCAUGAAACCUCUCUGGCCAUCCCCCCUUUCUCAGGCUCCAGGCUCCUGCCUUGGCAGCCUUUUUGUGAACGGGAGGAACCAGUGAGUUCUUUCCUCGCAUUUAAAGUCCAUUCUGUACAGUCCCCAUGUCACCUCCAUCUGGGCUGCUGUUGCCUCUUCCAAUAAAGUGACAUU